CUCCUUUAAAUUACACACACACACACACACACAAUAAAUUAAAAUAAAAUACAAAACUCAUCGCAUCACAUCUCAUCUCAUCACAUCUCAUCUUCAUCCCUUUCCUUUCCUUUCCUUUCGUUAUGACAACCAACGAGUUUACAAUGUUGUCUUUGGAUGACAAUCCACCAUCUAAAUCCACCAUUAAAAAGGCACCUCUCGCGACAUUACCUUCUCUUUGGAAUACUCGAGAAUUCUACUUUUACUACAUAUGUUUUGCAGUCGUCGUUCCUUAUAUGAUCUAUGUUGGUUAUCGCCUUGGAGAUGCUAACAAGCCAAAAUACACAAGAUUUGAGCCUCUGUUAUCGGAUGGGUGGAUCUUUGGUCGCAAAGUGGACAAUAGUGAUAAUCAAUAUGCUGGUUUCCGCAACAACCUUCCGACUCUUACCAUAUUGGCUCUUGUAUACCUGUCGGUCAGCCACCUCUUUACAUUUCUGGUCCCAAUGUCUUAUAACACCAGACGUAACAAUUCUGCCAUUCUUUAUCGCGCCUAUUUCUUUCUUCCUGCGUCUCUGGUGACUAUUUCGGUUAUUCACGGCACCAACCUGAUCAAGAUCCUGGCUAUUGUGUUUGCUAGCUUUGGUAUCGGCCGUCUGACUCGAGGAUCGUUGUGGAAUCCGCUGUUGACCUGGUGUUUUAAUCUCGGAAUUCUGUUUCUCAAUGAUAUGUACAAGGGUUACAAAUUUGCGUCUAUUCUUGGUCCACAAUUUGCUUGGCUGGAUAGCCAUUCUGGUAUUAUGCCCCGAUGGCACAUAUUAUUCAACUUUGUCAUGCUGAGACUUAUUUCUUACAACAUGGAUUAUUACUGGCAAUGCAAAGCACCGAGACCAAGCAAUCAAAUUGACGAUAUAACUGAUGAAGGGGAAAUUACAGACAAGGAGAGAAUCACGACUCCUUGUAUUCCAUCCGAUUAUAACUUUAUGUAUUUUCUUACCUUUGUUUUCUACCUACCACUUUACCUUUGUGGUCCAAUCGUCACAUUCAACGACUUUAUUUCCCAGUUAAGAUACCCUUCAUCAAAAAUCACUGCGCGUGUGGUUGCUUUGUACGCCUUUAGACUUGUUUGUGUGAUUCUGGUUAUGGAGCUCACGCUGCACUACAUCUACGUUGUGGCGAUCAGCAAGGCGAUGGCUUGGGAUGGAGAUACCCCUUUUGAGCUGAGCAUGAUUGGAUACUUUAAUCUGCUUAUCAUCUGGAUGAAACUUUUGAUUCCCUGGCGGUUCUUCCGACUCUGGGCUCUUGCGGACGGAAUCUGGCCCGAAGAGAACAUGAUCCGCUGCAUGUCCAACAAUUUCUCGGCCCAGCGGUUCUGGAAGAGCUGGCACCGAUCGUUCAAUCGAUGGACGAUUAGGUACAUAUUUGUGCCCUUGGGUGGAUCAAAGUACAUGAUGUUCAACAUGUGGGUUGUGUUUACAUUUGUUGCUCUCUGGCAUGACAUUGAGAUGAAAUUGCUGGCAUGGGGAUGGCUGAUUUGUCUAUUCUUGCUUCCUGAAUUACUUGCCACACGUAUAUUUACUUUCCAAAAGUAUGGAAAGAAACCAUACUAUCGAUUCGUUUGUGGUGUGGGUGCUGUUUUUAAUAUCAUGAUGAUGAUGGCUGCCAAUCUGGUAGGGUUCAGUAUUGGUCUUGAUGGAUUGAAGGAUAUGGUAUCGGGCAUAUUUCAGACAAGUGAAGGCUUUAUGUUUCUGUUGAUUGCCUCGGUUUGUAUGUAUGUCGGUGCUCAGGUGAUGUUUGAGAUCCGAGAAUCUGAAAAGCGUAGAGGGGAUCCAAGGUGGAAAAUGUAAAUUGUUUGUUGUAUAUUUUAGUAUUAGUAUUAGUAUUAUUUCUAUUAUUAUUUUUUGAAGUCAAAUUAUAGUGUUGAAUAUAUUGAAUUGAAU